UACUUUCCCCUGGAGUGGAGUCUGUACUGAAUCGAUAGCAGAACUGAAGAUUUCACUGACGCAAGACUAGUCCACCCGGCUUCUGUCUCCCACGUCUCGCUGUCAAGAAGUCGCGCUUUGAGUAAGAAGGCCCUGGCCAUGGCAGAUCAGCUGAGUCCAGAUGAGAAGUUAACUCUCAUCAGUAGAAACCUCCAGGAGGUCCUUGGGGAGGAUAAGUUGAAGCAGGUUCUUCAGGAGAGAGAGCUGAGAGUUUACUGGGGCACAGCAACCACUGGCAAACCCCAUGUUGCUUACUUUGUCCCCAUGUCCAAGAUUGCGGACUUCCUCAAGGCUGGAUGUGAGGUCACUAUUCUGUUUGCAGACUUGCAUGCCUACCUUGACAACAUGAAAGCCCCGUGGGAGCUGCUGGAGCUCAGGGUGAAAUACUAUGAACAGGUCAUCAAGGCCAUGUUGGAGAGCAUUGGUGUCCCUCUGGACAACCUCAAGUUCGUCAAAGGAACGGACUACCAGCUCAGCAGAGAGUACACACUGGAUGUGUACCGCUUAUCCUCCAUGGUGACAGUUCAUGAUGCUAAGAAGGCUGGAGCUGAGGUCGUCAAACAGGUGGAGCACCCUCUGAUGAGCGGUUUGCUCUACCCUGGACUGCAGGCUCUGGAUGAGGAGUACCUAAAGGUGGAUGCCCAGUUUGGAGGAGUUGACCAGAGGAAAAUUUUCACUCUUGCUGAGAAGUACUUACCUUCUCUUGGUUAUGCUAAACGUGCCCAUCUGAUGAAUCCAAUGGUACCGGGACUGACAGGAGCCAAAAUGAGCUCUUCAGAGGAAGAGUCAAAGAUUGACAUAUUAGACUCCAAAGAAGAUGUGAAGAAGAAGCUAAAGAGGGCGUUCUGUGAGCCAGGCAACAUCCAGAACAAUGGAGUCUUGUCCUUUGUCAAAUAUGUCCUCUUCCCUCUCCGUGGAGAGUUCUGCGUCAAAAGAGACGCCAAGUGGGGUGGAGACAAAAUCUACACUGUGUUUGAGGAGGUGGAGAAGGAUUUUUCUGAGGAGGUCAUCCAUCCAGGAGACCUGAAGGCCUCAGUGGAAGUCGUACUAAACCAACUGCUGGAGCCAAUCAGAAAAAAGUUUGCGUCGCCUGAGCUCCGCAAGCUUACCAACUCUGCAUAUCCUGACCCAUCAAAAACAAAAGGAGGGAAGGGUGCCAAAGCAACAGCAGCAGGAGGAGGAGGAGAUGAUGAGUUGGCCCCCUCCAGGCUGGACAUCAGAGUGGGCAAGGUCAUCAGUGUGGAGAAGCAUCCAGACGCUGAUUCUCUGUACCUGGAGAAGAUUGACAUCGGUGAGGCAGAACCAAGGACGGUAGUCAGUGGGCUGGUGGCCUAUAUAUCACAGGAGGACCUGCAGGACAGACUGGUGCUGCUGCUGUGCAAUCUGAAACCCCAGAAGAUGCGAGGAAUUGAGUCUCAGGCUAUGCUGCUAUGUGCCGCUAUUGAAGGGGAGCCCAGGAGGGUGGAGCCUCUCGACCCACCAGAGGGUUCAUCACCUGGGGAACGAGUCUUUGUGGAGGGAUAUGAGACCGGGAAAGCCGACGAAAGACUCAACCCAAAGAAGAAAGUGUGGGAGAAACUACAGGUUGACCUGAAGGUGUCGGACGAAUGUGUCGCUCAGUGGAAAGACAAGCAGCUCAUGACUAAACUCGGACAGAUCACGUGUAAAACACUGAAAGGAGGCAACAUCAGUUAAAGUCGCCCCCUAAGCUGCUCCUGCCGACCACCUUACAACAACGAAAAUGCUCAUCGACAAAUUUCCAAUGGCGAUAACAGUCUUACUUCAUCUGGAUGUUUUCUUGGAGAACAACGAGAUGUAGAUGCCAAAUAUGCUUCGGAGCGGCUCACACAAAGUACCCUGCUUUGACUUUAUAAGAACAAUAUUUACAUUCUUAAAGCAUGAGCCGCUUACUUGUCACUCAUAAACCUCUGACUCAUUCAUUUCUUGUUGUUUAUUUAGUAGGGUUGUCACGAUCUCGAUUGCAAAUUGAAUAUCGAUCAGAACGACGUCACAAUCUCGACCUCCGAAAGCAAAGGUAGAAUGCAGGAUUUAACCCCGCCCCCAGUGUGGCGUCCUGCAUUUACAGUUAGUUUCCAAUUGAAACUAACUCUAAAAGUUAUUGUUACGUUUAUAUUGUUAAUACUAAUUUGAAAUUUGACAUUAGGGCCUUACAAUGCAAAUAAAUGAUGGACAUUAUAUCAAUCAUGACACAUGUAGAUUAAAGAAUGAAAUGAGUUAUCAUGACAUAAAACCAAUUAUCCUAGACUAAAGAAAAAGUCUAAUCAUGGCAGACCUUGAAAUUGAAAAUCAAGUCAAGGAUUUGGAGAAUCGUGACACCCCUGUUAUUUAGUGUUGCAGAUGUAACUGGGUCUCUUCACAUAAAAGGGAAUUAAAGCAUCAAAAUCUUUUCCUGUGUUCAAAUUUGAACUUCUUGUUUUUUUUUGCAUUCAUGGUAAAUGUCAGUGCAGUGGAAAACAAUCUGUCAAACCCAUAAAUAUGGUGUUAUGGGUUUCAGGUAAAUACAGAUAUGUCAAAAUCAAAUACAUCUUAAAUAUGAAAUAAAUACUGAAUUCAUUGGUU